CAGCGAUUGGAGGAAGUGGGUGAAGGUACCCAGCGCUGGCGUGUCGUGGGCGGGUGGAAGGCCUGUUUAUAAACCCAGAUCUUUCCUCGUGGGCGGGAACAGCAACAGUAGGGAGUGAAAGUGAAGCGAGAGAAGAAAGUGAGAGAGACGUAGAGGAGACAAGGCGGUGGUGGCGACGGCUGUGGUUGACCGGGGUCCGCGGAGGGGGCGAGGCGGCCGCCCCUGUAUGCGUCUUCAACCGCGCAUGGACGACCACCUCAGCCUCCUUCAAUCACCCCCGCCAAGCGCAACCAAAACCCGGGGCAACAACCUGGUGAACCACGGAUACACCGAGACAGAAGCCGACGUGAUGACGGUUGUGGCGUGUGACAACAUGUUAGAAGAGUCAGCGGCUCUACCGGGCCACCACUCUCUGGACCGAUAUGAACCGGAUCACGAAUGCUGCGAGAGGGUGGUCAUCAACAUCUCAGGGUUACGCUUUGAGACGCAGCUAAAGACUCUCUCGCAAUUUCCAGAGACGCUGCUGGGGGACCCCAAGAAGAGGAUGAGGUACUUUGAUCCCCUCAGGAACGAAUACUUUUUUGAUCGGAACCGGCCCAGCUUUGAUGCCAUUCUGUAUUACUACCAAUCUGGCGGGCGCAUAAGAAGACCUGUUAAUGUGCCCAUUGACAUUUUUUCUGAGGAGAUACGCUUCUAUGAGCUGGGCGAGGAGGCUAUGGAGAAGUUCAGGGAGGAUGAAGGUUUCAUAAAGGAGGAGGAGCGACCGCUGCCUGAGAAUGAAUUUCAAAGACAGGUGUUGCUUUUUGAAUACCCAGAGAUCCGGUCCGCCCGGGGAAUCGCAAUAGUCUCUGUCUUGGUCAUUCUAUCCAUUGUCAUUUUCUGCUUAGAGACAUUGCCGGAGUUCAGGGACGAGAACAGAGAUCCAAUCACCACUGCACCUGUGAUAAAUGGCACACUCCCGUAUCUCAUCAGCCCCUUCUCAGACCCGUUCUUUGUCGUGGAGACGUUGUGUAUAAUCUGGUUCUCCUUCGAGUUACUAGUGCGUUUUUUUGCGUGCCCCAGUAAGGCCACGUUCUCCAAUAUUAUGAACAUUAUAGACAUUGUGGCCAUUGUUCCCUAUUUCAUCACCCUGGGCACAGAGCUGGCAGAAAGACAAGGAAACGGACAGCAGGCCAUGUCAUUAGCCAUUCUACGCGUAAUUAGGCUUGUGGUGUUUCGUAUCUUCAAACUGUCGCGUCACUCUAAGGGACUUCAAAUUUUAGGACAGACUCUAAAGGCAGUAGCGUGA